AUGCUGGCGAUUGCUCUCCUUUCCCAGGGAAAGUGUGGUGUAUCCCCUUGCACUACUCGCUACCUGGUGGUUAUGGCCGCUUCCGAUCUGAUGGUCAUUAUCACUGACAUUAUACUGACGAGUUUUCGCUUUUAUUAUUACCCACGGUCUUUCCUGUCCCUCACUCCAGUGUGUAGUGUUAUUGGGGCCCUGUUUCGUGCAGCAAGAGACUGUUCUGUCUGGUUCACUGUCACUUUCUCCUUUGACAGAUUUGUGACCAUCUGUUGUCAGAAGCUGAAAGCAAAAUAUUGCAACGAGAAAACGGCGACUGUGGUUCUCGCAACAACCUGCUCCCUGUUCUGUUUGAAAAACAUCCCCUUCUAUUUUGCCUAUAAACCUUGGGUGAUAAUCAACAAUAUGCCAUUCUACAGUGAAACAAAGUCAAGUUACUAUACUGAGACUUGGUGGGUGGCAUUAGAUUCGCUUGAUGUGGUUUUAACCCCUUUACUGCCAUUCGUUUUAAUUCUCUUGCUCAAUGCUGUGACAGUCAGACACAUUGUGGUGACGAGUCGAGCCCGGAAGAGACUGAAGGUUGACAGCAAUGGAGAGGAUCGCAGAGACCCAGAGAUGGAGAGCAGAAGGAAGUCUGUGAUUUUGCUCUUCACCAUAUCUGGGAGUUUCAUCCUCCUGCGGUUAAUCAAUGUUGCAGAUUUCUUACUUUAUGUCAUUCAAGGAAUCAAUCCUGAUGAUUACCCACCCUUUCUAUAUCACUUCGGUAUUAUUGGUUUCAUGCUGCAGAGGCUAAGUUGUUGCACAAACACAUUUAUUUAUGCAGCGACAUUGUCUAGGUUCAGGGCAAAAAUCAGUAAUGCAGUAAACGACCUGUUUGCACAAAUUCCUUGUGCUAUGAAUAAAUAA